AACAGGCCUACCAAAGAGGAAGUUUAGUAAAUAAGAAUAUGCUCGUUCACUUUUGCAAAGUUAGAUUUUAUUCAAUUCAAAGCAGCUUGCUAUAAUGUCAUUAACUAGAUAUAUACGUAAAUACUAAAACAGAUUAAACUGACAGGCAUAUACUAAACUUAACAGAGAAAAAUGAAUAUUUAUUGUUAAACAAAAUGGCGACAGGAGGAUUUAGUACAGAUAUAUUAUCUGAUGAAACAUUUGAUUUAUUGUGUACAGUGUGUAAAAACAAGGGUAAGAAUACAGAAGCUGCAAAAUAUUGCACAGAUUGUGCAGACUAUUAUUGUUUGACCUGUGUCAAGGUGCAUGAUGAUGUACCAUUGCUGAAAGGACAUAAAAUUCUGGAUCAGGGGAAAGCAAAGACAGGCACUACAAAACAGCUACCUGUGGUCCCAACAGAGAGAUGUGAUAGGCAUGGACAUAAACCUGUGGACAUGUACUGUCAAAACCAUGACAACGUCGGAUGUGCAGCAUGCAUGGCUGUUGAACACAGGUCUUGCAAGGAUAUCUUUUACAUACCGGAAUACAUCCAAAACAAUGUCACUACAACUUCUCUUCAAAACACUAAGAAGAAACUAGAAUCCACUGAGGAGACAUUGAAGAAUAACCUCCAAAAUCUUCAGAAAGAAAAGCAGAAUGUUUUGAAGAGAAAAUCUGAAUCUAUCGAAAACAUCAGAAAAUUUAGGAGAGAGAUCAAUAAAAGGCUUGAUGAAAUGGAGAGGGAAUCUGUAGCAGAAAUAGAAGAUAGAUAUAAACUUGUCAUACAACAGAUAGAGGACACACUAAAAGCUUUCCAAGAAAACAAGAAGGAUGUUACAUCUGCACGAGAUACCUUAGCAUCUGCAGGCAGUAAUGUAUCUCAAGAGUUUGUAAGCAUAAAGAAGGGUCUUGCAGCUGCUAGCAAAGCGGACAAAUCACUUAAAGAAAGAAAAGUCGGGAACCAAGACAAGGAGAUAAUCUUUACACCUGAUCAGAAUAUAUCCAGAAUGUUAGAAGAGUUAAAGUCUCUGGGACAGGUUACACUGAAAUACAACAGUAAACCUAAAAUAAGAUCUGCUGAACAGGUAAAACAGAAGGACACUUUAUUCCAGACCAAAGGAAUGAAGAAAUAUUCUGUCAAGAUCCCAUCAGAUACACACGACUGUGAUAUUUUCAGUUCCUGUUUUCUAUCAGAUGGAACAGUAAUACUUGGCGAUUUCAACAACAAAAUGCUCAAACGUUUGGACAGUUAUAAUUACUCUGUAAGAGAUCAUUAUGUUCUUCCUGGGAAACCUUGGCAAGUGUGUCCAAUCAACAACCAGGAGGUUGCAGUGUGUUUAUUGCAAAUGGAAGAAAUAUUGUUUGUAACAAUCGGAAAUAAAAUGAGCAAAAAAUCAACAAUGAAAUUCAACUUCAACUGUUAUGGUCUAGCUUAUGCUGGGGACAUUCUGUACAUACCAGAUAGGGAUACAACAGUGUACAUGUACUCAUUAUCUGGACAAAAGUUGAAGCAGUGCAGUGUUGAUCAGUCAAUACAGAACACAACUCAAAGUCUAGCACAAAGUCUAGCAGUCAGUAAGGAUGGCUCUAGGAUUUAUGCUGCUGUUGCUGGUAUAGGGCUGAUUGUUCUAGACAACACAGGAAAGGUGAUCAAGACUUUCAAUAAUCCAGAGUUGAGAGAAGCCUAUGAUUGUUAUGUUACUGACAGAGGAAGUGUCCUUGUGUGUGGAUACACUCCAACAAUGUACUACAGUUCUCACCUGAUGGUGAGCUGAUAGGAGAGGUUGUCAAGUCUGAUAAAUGUCAGACCAUCUGCUGCAAUCAACAAAUGUCCAAAAUGAUUGUUGGCAAAGAGCAAAAUGAAAUUGAAGUGUAUGAUUUAGUUUAAAAGUGGGUUAACAGAAAAUGAUUAUUAUGCAAUAAUCAAUGUUAAACCUUUAUAAAGAACAAGGCUUGUUAGUCAAUCAAUACUAGUAUAUAUCAAUCAGUCCAUACAUGUACAUAAAAACAGUACAAUUUUAGGUAGAAAAAUGACAUGCGCUCAAAUUCUGUUUAUAUAAUAAGUAGUAGUCUGUUGAGUGGCUUCAGUGAUAAUUACUCAAAUGUUCAUUUUUAUAAAAUAUCAAAGCAUUUAAAACAAGAGCUGUCUCCAUAGGAUGACACAUGCCUCCGAUGGCACUCUGAAUGAAUAGUUAUGGCUGAUGUUAGAGUUUAGGACCUUUGACCUACAGACCUGGGUCUUGCGCACGACACGUCGUCUUACUGUGGUACACAUUCAUGCCCAAUAAUUUUAAAAUCCAUGCAUGAAUGACAGAGAUAUGGACCGGACACGCCCAUCAAUGCACUAUCAUGAAAUAUGACCUUUAACGUCUAAGUGUGACCUUGACCUUUGAGCUACGGACCUGGGUCUUGCGCGCGACAUGUCGUCUUACUGUGGUACACAUUCAUACCAAGUUAUUUGAAUCCAUGGAUGACAAAGAUAUGGACCGGACACGAAUGCACUAUCAUGAAAAAUUACCUUUAAUGUCCUUGACCUUUGAGCUUUGGACCUGGGUCUUGUGCGCGACAAGUCGUCUUACUGUGGUACACAUUCAUGCCAAGUUAUUUGAAAAUCCAUCCAUCGAUGACAAAGAUAUGGACCGGGCACGAAAAUUGCGGACAGACUGACAGACGGUUCAAAAACUAUAUGCCUCCCUUCGGGGGCAUAAAAAUAAUGAUUCAAAAGAAGCAGAACAUCUGAGAUGCCUUAUAAAAGACAAACAAAUCCAGUAUUCUUCACAAACAAUUAAUACUUUUCUUAUUUCUCAGACAGGCUUAUAUACCAAAUUUAAUGAAGAUAUUUAGAAGGGAAAACUUCCCGUUAAACAUUCUAUGGGUGUUUCUCUACUUCCUGAUCAGGAAACUUGAUACUAAAUAUAGUACAUUGCUUCCCAUUUGAGAAGCAAAAUCACCAUUAUUUCUUUGUUUCUUUCAAAAGGCCCUGUGCAUAAGACUAACAAUAGGAUCAUUACAAACAAGAGAUCACAGAGUGAUCUUGGCGCCCACCAAUGUGUCAUUUUUGUGUGUUCCAAAUUUCAAGACUUACUGACUAGCUCAAGGUCAAAUUUCAUUUCCGUACACAACACUGUGCAUGUGGUCUAAAUUCGAAAGCUGUAACUUGAGAAAUGUGAAAGUAGGUCACUAGAUCCAUUUCAAGGACAAAGUUCUUUGUACACAAAACUAUGCAUGUGCAUCAAUUUUGAAGACUGUAGUUUGAGAAAUUUGAAAGUAGGUCACUAGGUCAAUCUUAAGGUCAAAGUUUAUUUCGGUACAUAAAACUAUGCAAGUGGUCCAAAUUUGAAGGCUGUAGCUUGAGAAAUGAGAAAGUAGGUCACUAGGUCAAAAUCAAGGUCAAAUUUCACUUCACAACACAAAGCUAUGCAUGUGGUCCAAAGGGGGGGUCGCAGUUAGGUGUCUGCGCAAAAUGUUUUUUGAUUUUCUUUAUAUUUUAUGACAAUACACCUACAUGUAUUAAGUUUCAUUCACAAGUGUUACUGUUAUCAGUUUUGACUUACUUUUAUAGAAAUUCACAUUUAAAGUGGGUGGGGUAAUUUGACAUGUAACCAGCCAGGAACACAAUCUCCGCCGCGUUUUUAAAAAUGGUUCAAACUUUUUACCUGGAACUUUCGUGAUAAAAUAACUAUGCAAUGGACAUUUACACAACAUGUUGCGUUUUAAAUUGUCUUGAAUACUUUUUUCAACACAGAGCCACAAAGUGGCCUAAUCAAAUUUACUGAUUUUCAAUGGACGAACUUCA